AAAAUCAAAAUGUGGCUGAGUCGUCUACUAUUUGUGCUAUUAGCAAUAGUUUUUGAAAUAGUAAGCUAUUCGAAAGGUUAUUGAAUCCAAAUUAGGUUCGACGAUGACGAAAUAUUUAGUGACUGCCGAGAUCAACCGGAUGGUGUACUUAAUAUCAAUGGAAUGUGGGAUUUAACAGAGUUCACCAUUGAGUCACAAUCGGACCAGAUAAAAGUAUCGGGUAACACAACAUCGGUUUGGGAUAUUCAGCUGACGGAUCGUGUUGGGGGUUCCAUAGAAGUUUAUAAAUUCUAUCGACGGGAGUGGGUACCAACAAUAUACAAGAUUAAUGUGCCUGAUGUAUGUUCAACGAUGUAUGAUAAAAAUCAGUAUUGGUACUUUUUGUGGACGCAAUACAUUACGAAUAGUGACGAUAUAAAGGACAAGUGCAUUAAUGUUCGUGGCGUAAGAUAUCGCAAAAGCCUUUUGCAGCCGAACAUGGCAUAG